AUGAUUAACAACAUCCAAGAUAUAGAUAAAAUAUCAGAGCAAUUACAAAACAUUUUAAUGAAUGCAGCGCAUGAUACAAUACCGAAAAUAAUAACGAACAAGAGCAGUAAAUACUGGUGGACAAAAGAAUUAACAAUACAUCGUAAAUUAGUAUACAAAUAUAAGCGCAUCUACAAAGCUCAAGAUCAUUCGCCAAAAAGUUAUAAUAAGUAUACACAACAGCAGCAAUUAUUCAAACAACAUAUCAGAGAAGCCAAACAACAGUACAGGUUAAACAUAAAUAAAUCAAUAAAAUUAAGAAAUAUACAACGGCUAAUAACGAAAAAGAUAAAACAAAAUAUUCCAGAUUUAAUUGAUAAAAACAAUCAAAAAAUAAUCAAAAAACUUGAUAUAGCAGAUGAAUUGAUUGAUGAAUUUUGUCCCGAUGAUAAUGUAAUUAAUACUACAGUAACUACAACCACUAGUCAGAUUAAUAAUAAUAAGGAUACAGAGGAACACAUAACGAUUGUGGAAGAAGAAAACAUGUUAAUGCAAAUGCCACCACGAAAAGCAGCCGAUUUUAAGGGUAUACAAUUGAUUAUGUUGCAACAAUCAGGAUCAUUAUUUCAACAAUUACUAUUAAAGAUAUAUAAUAAAAUAUUAGAGCAUAGUUUUUAUCCAGAAUCUUGGAAAAUUAUAAAAUUAUUAGCAUUUAAAAAGAAAAGAAAACAUUUUAUUUAUACAAUUAAAAAAUUGAUAAUUGAAUGUGAAGCCAAAAAUGUAUUUGAUAAUAAGCAAUUCGGUUUUAGAAAAAGAUUAGGAACAGAGGAUGCACAACUAUUUUUGAGUCAUCAUAUUGCUACCGGUAUCGAUAAGCAACAAAUUGUAACAACGGCAUUUCUAGAUGUUAGUAAAGCGUUCAAUAGCAUUAAUCCAACAUUAUUAAUAACCAAAUUAAAGAAAACUGGUAUAUCAGCACCUAUCAUAAAUUUUGUUAAAUCAUUUUGUGAACCACGUAAUGCAUGUGUAUCAUUAGAAGAUGGUAUAACAUCAAAAUUUAAGUUAAUGAAUUAUGGUGCUCCACAAGAUAAAACAUUGAAAGAUUUGAAAUUAGAGUUACAAAUAGAUAAGAUUCAAUUAAUUCAUUUUCAUCGCAAAAGAUUUAUGAAUAAUACACCAUUAAUAUAUAAUCGAAUUAGAAUAUUACCAUGUUCAACAGUUAAUUAUUUAGGUUUAAUAUAUAAUAAUAAAUUCAAAUGGGAUCAGCACAUAGAAUCAGUACGUACCGCAUGUGUAAGAGAGUUUGAUAGAAUACAACGUUGGCUUAGUCAAAAUAAAUGUACUUAUGAUACAAAAAUAUUAAUUGGCUUAUAUAAAACAUUAAUAAUACCGAAAAUAGUCUAUGGUGCUGCUGUUUGGUCAUCGAAAUUACCCUACAAAUUAUUAAAAAUACUACAAAAAAUUCAAAAACAAUUCUUAUUGUUUGUAUUAAAUGUAGAACAAAUAGCAUCACAAGUCAUGGAAGUUGAAGCGAAUAUAUAA